UCUGUCUACGACUCUUCUUGUUCUUGCUCUGGCUGGUCUGUUCCUGCUGCUCUUUUUCUUUGGUUCGAAGAAAAAUCACGGAAUGAAGAAGAUUUCAAGUGUCCGAAGCAGAAUCUCUGUCCUGGCGGUGUUGAAGAGACAAACGUCUUCGUCUCCUUCUCUUUCUUCUAGGGUUCCCAAUGAACCAGAAAACUCCGCGGGUAACAAUGGCAUCAAGAUCUUAGCAAUGUCGCACGAUUCGCUCAAUAAACUCACCGGCUGCGUGGACGACAUGAACGAAGAUGUCGGAAAGCUCCUCUUAUCUUCCGAAAGAGAUCUUCCGAAGAACCCUAAUCUUUUCAACCUCAUCAGCGACUUCUUUAAGACAAACACCGAAUUGUCCGUUUUAUGCGAGGCUCUGAAAAAAUGUCUGGAGAAAGCUCAUCGUGGAGAAACCCUAGUUCUGGGAGAUUUGUCCGAUUUAAUGGAGGAACAAAGAGUGUCUGGAGGAGAAGGGAGUUUCUCGAAGACUCUCCAGAAUCAGAGGAGCUUCAAAAAAUUUUCCGCCGACGACCCUUUCGCCGGAGAUUUCACCAGACUUUUCAAGAACUGCCACGGCGAUCUCGUCAAGAUGAUCGAGAAACUGAAUCAGACGACGAAGAAGCUUAACAGAAAACUCCGGAGGGUUUCGAUAGCACUGUUAAUUGCGGCGGUUGCCACCGUGGUCAUCUCCGCCGUUGUGAUUGGUGUAACGGUGGCUCCACCGGUGUUGGCGGCAUCGGGAGCGGCCGUGUCGUUCGUGCCGAUGGGAUCUCUGGGUCUGUUCAUUUCAUCGAUGUGGCAGAAAUCGAGGAAUGUUCUGAAACGCCAAAAAGCGGCGAUUAGUUCGAUGGAACGAGGGACAUGCCUCGCAUUGAGUGAAGUCGCGAAAAUCACCGUUUUGGUGAAUCAGUUGGAGGAUGUGGUGAAAUCAAUGGAGGAGACGAUGGAGACAGCGGCGGAGAAGAACUCGCUGCUGAAAUCGGCAAUGAAAGAGGUGGAGAAGGAGAGUUCCUCACGUACAAAAGCGCGAUCAGCGUUCUGCAACACGAAGCCGGGUGCGAUGAGGAUGCGCAUUUGAGUCGCGACGUUGCUCGCGAGAAGAUAACCAAAUAUUUGUCAUGAAGCUUUUUUGUAUCGAAUGGGCAAAUGGCGGUUUCUGCUGAGAAUCUGUGCCUCUCUCUUCAUCUCGCUCCUCCUUCUCUGCCAAUUUCUUCACUCGGAUCCGACCCAAGGCCCGUUCUUUUUUUGUGGGUAGACCCGGAAGCGGUUCUCUUGUAAUGGGAAGAGAUUUCAACUGGGUUUUGGUUGGAUUGUGAGAAAAUUCUGGAAACAGAGAGAGUUUUGUAAUCUGGCUUCUGUGUCUGCUAUGAAUAGAAGCAGAGGAUGUAAAUGAUAAACAUGAAAAGUUUGGCUGCUUUUGAAUCAUUGGCCAUAAGACAUCACCCAUCUUAUGUUGCC